CGUUGAUUGCGAGACGAAUUCUCCCAAUCCAGGCAAAAUGAUUCGUGCUCGUUAGCCGAAAAGUUCAUGAGAAUGAAGAUGUCAGGCUGUUUGAGGCUGACGAAGGCUGGCAAGUGAUGAAGAAAAAGCUGUCGGAAGGAACGUCGAAAGCAAUUACAAGAGAUACUCUUAUCGGGGCCUUGGAUUUAUUUGUCAUUUCGGCCCCGUCAGCCUUCGGAAUAGUUCUUUGUACUUUCCUCAGCUGAGAUUAUUCGUCGAAUGCACCGAGCCUCGUCUCAUGCCAUCCUUCACUCUCGUCUUUCCUCUCAUCUUCAUUUUCAUUUCUACCUUCACCUUCACCUCCACCUGCAACACCUUCUACCUCACCCUUACCUCCACAAUUUCUCACUUGAGAAAUUCCAGCUUCAACCCAGAUGGAAUCUCCAGCAGCGCCCUACUCGCCCUCAACCCACCCACCCAUAAUCAUGAACAAACUCGAAGUCGGAUCCCUCUACAUCAUGAUCUCAAUCCCAUUCUCCAUCUACUUUGGUAAGAAAAAGCACAUCUACGCGACCGCUCUCCCCGACGACCCGGACUUCCCCUUCUGCACCUACGAGCUCAUGGUCUCUCAGGGCCUCUCUACCGAAGAAUUCCACUGGGAUCUCUACUGGCACACCUCCGACUCAGCCACCGAUGAGCUAUCCCUGCCGAGCCGCAACCAUCCAGUCACCGAACGCGCCGGCACCAAUGAGGAAAGUGGCAUUCUCUACCGCCUCCGGCCCCUCGAAACCUGUCCCACAACCUACACCCGCGACCGCCUCACAAUCACCCGCGUCCGCUCCCACGCCCAGCUCGUAGGCCUCAUCCGCGUUCUCACGGUCCCUCCUGCCUUCAUACCGCACCUGACGCGCUACCUCGAUUGGAUGACUGCAGAGUCGGCCCGCGUCGCGGAGCGAAGCUACGUCUGGGCUACCAUGGCGUACUACCGCGCCCGCCGACACCUCCUCAAAAUUAAGGGCGCACGAGACCAUACUUUCAACCAAUUCGACAUCUCGCGCUUCACGGCGGAGCUGCUCUCGUUUGCGUACGCCGAGGUUCCUGCCGCGCUGUUUUUGGGUGGCAUGGGACUGCCGAGACCCGUUUUGGGCGUUGCGAUGGGGUUUCUCGAGGAGGAAGAUGCUGAAGCUACUAGAUGUGAGAGGGAUACGCUUUUGAGGAAGCAGAGGGAGGAGGUUGGGGCUGUCACUGCUUGUUGGUACCAAUGA